AUGACAAAUUCUCCUCGACCCACAAUCGCGACAACUAGUCGCUUCUUCGGGGCUUCCUCAAGCUCCACGGGGAAUGGUAAUGGCAGAUCUCAGCAGCAAGAGUUGGUGAACGGGAAUGGAUUUACAGGCUGGCCAACCGGCACUUCGAGCAUCUGGGGGACCAAUGGGGUCUCGAACUCAUUGCCUAAUGGCGCAGGAGCUGCCAGUGUUCGUCGGGGUUCUUCGACAAUCGAGACGCUAUCGAGGGCAGCGGAUGGGCUGUCGAGGUCCAAUGAUGUGGAUGGUAGCUCGGUCACAAAUGGUGGGCAUGCCCUCGCCAGCUGGACUUCCCCGUGGAGCCAGACCGCAUCACUGCCGCGCCCUCAAUCGGGAAACACAUCUCCUCGGAGUCAUGCCUCGGUCUACGAAACUUACGGAUCGACGGCACAGCUGGACUCUACGCCAUCCAAUGCCCAGAGGACGCAAGCACGGUCCAGACCGCAAACAUCCUCGAUGGAGCCCUCCUACAACAACACAUCUUUUGCCGACUACCCCCAUGAGAAUGGCACUUCCGAUUCUUAUCCCCAGCUCAGGGCUGAUUCGGAGAGGUUCACCGCGUUUCCUCGGAACCAGCGGCCGUUUGGGCAGUCCCUUUUGAAUGGAGCUGUUGGAACAAACCACUCGGAGGGCACAAGAACUUCUUUGCCACACCCGUUUGGAGGGUUCGCGUAUCCUCCAUCGGCUUCGCAUUCUCAGCGACCCUCUCUUGCUGCAAUCUCGACGGGAUAUAACGUCUCUAACACCAAUGGACAUGCUGAGGAGACUUCGAGUAUAUCCGACAUUGAAAACACACUGCGUAAUGUCACAAUCGGGAGUGGCUUGAACGGCAUUGCAAGUAACGGUGGUUCUAAUGGAGUCUCCAAUGGCGUCUCAAACGGCCUCUCGAACGGCCUCUCGAACGGCGCUCCAACAAGCGGUUUUGGGAGCUUUGGGUCGUCCACAAAUGGUUCCCAGGCUUUCCAGUUCAACCCUAUCUCGCAGCCAUGGGAAAGUUCUCAGGAAAAUCCUCUUGGUUUUGGUGCCGCCCGGCCUACGCUUCCGACUCCUGCUCCGACUCCUGCAGAUGACGUCGCUUACUUCGCUGCUCUUGCCAGCGCGCUGAAUGGCUCCAGGACUAGUCAGCAGCAACAGACGAUGAACCUAUGGGCCCCAUCAUCCUCACAACAGGAUCCCAGGGUGCGGCCAGAUAUGGAUCGUCGAGGUUUCAACCAGCCUUUCCUCCAGGCUCCCCAAACGUUGAUGCCCCCCAGUUCGUUCUAUGGAGCGAACUUCCCGCCUUAUCCACCAGCGCCGUUCGAUACUUACUCCCCUGUGAGGCCUAACUUCCCUUCGAUGUCUGCGGUUCCACUUCUGAAUCUUUAUGGCAUCGGGCCUGGAGCCGUCCCAUUCGGCUCCCGAGACCAUGACCCUUCCCGCGAUGUCCGGAGCGUCCUUCUUGAAGAGUUUAAGUCGAGCUCCAAGUCUUCAAAGCGCUGGGAGCUUAAAGACAUACGUGGUCACAUCGUUGAGUUUAGUGGUGAUCAAGAUGGCUCGCGAUUCAUCCAGCAAAAACUGCUGACCGCGAACAGCGAGGAAAAGGAGUGGAUCUUCCGUGAGAUUGAGCCAAAUGCUGUCCAACUGAUGAAAGACCUGUUUGGCAACUACGUGAUUCAAAAGUUUUUUGAGCACGGCAGCAUGGCACACAAGACGAAGCUCGCUCAAGCAAUGCACGGCAAAAUGUUUGAUCUUUCCACUCAAACAUAUGGAUGCCGAGUCGUACAAAAGGCUUUGGAGCAUGUUCUCGUCGAAGAGCAAGCUGUCCUCGUCAAGGAGCUACAGCCGGAGAUCCUCAAGGUGAUCAAGAACCAGAACGGCAAUCAUGUCGUCCAGCAAAUCAUUGCCGUAGUCUCGCGGUCAGAGAUCGAUUUCAUCAUGGACAGCAUGAAAGGUCGGAUCAGCGAGCUGGCCUCCGAUGCAUACGCAUGUCGCGUCGUUCAGAGGGUGCUGGAACGGGGCACCGAUGAUGACAAGGCCUUCAUCCUGAAGGAGCUUCACGCUUGCGCGCAGAUGCUCGUAGUGGACCAGUACGGCAACUAUGUGGCUCAACACGUCAUUCAGCACGGCAAACCCGAAGACCGAUCGAAGAUGAUCGAAGUCGUGAUCCCGCAGGUUGUUGGGCUCUCCAAGCACAAAUUUGCUUCCAACGUGGUCGAGACUUGCAUUGCACAUGGCACGCCUGAGCAACAGCGUGCCAUUAGGGACCAAAUUUUGCCAGCAAAUGACACCCAGAAUUCGCUCCUGCAGUUGAUGAAGGAUCCUUAUGGCAACUAUGUCAUCCAGAAACUACUUGACACUCUUAAGGGUCAAGACCGCGAUGUCCUGUGUGUGAAAAUGCGCCCACUUUUCGAUAUUUUGAGGAAGCAAGGCCAUUCCGGACGGCAGGCGGCAGCCGUUGACCGGUUAUGGGCAGCCAUCAACCGCCCGCAGCCCCAGCCACAAGUUCAGGCCCAGGCUGCCACUCAGAACGGCAACUCUACUCAAUCCAACCACCCUGCUCCAAGUUCGUCUGAAAUUGCUUCCUAG